UAUAAGCGGAAGUGACUCUCUGGCGUCAUCUUCUGUUCGGCCUUCAGAGAAACGCAGGCAACACCCAACUUAGCUAAAGACUCGUCGACUUUAAUGACAAAUGGCUGUUGGAACUAUUGUCGCUGUUGGAGCAGGAGCAGUGGGUGCUGUGGUCCUGGUUCCGCUUGCUCUCGGUGCUGCAGGUUUCACCUCAGCUGGGGUAGCUGCAGGCUCCGUUGCUGCCAAAAUGAUGGCGACCACUGCAGUGGCUAACGGAGGAGGGGUGGCAGCAGGAAGUCUGGUGGCUGUUUUGCAGUCAGCAGGUGCAGCAGGCCUUUCUGGAGUUGCCUCUGCAGCUGUGGCCACCGCUGGAGGAGCUGUGGGCUGGCUGGGUAGCUUAAUUAGAAAACCAUGAAAAUACUUGAUGAAUCUUUACUUUUAAAAUGGUCCAUUUUGUCAGCUUAAUUGCCAAACAGCACUUUUGCAAUUGUAUACAUGCAGUGAAAUAGUGUGAUUUGUUAUUAAAGUGUUGUUUAUUUAGUCUUUUUUGUAUGUUUUCUACUGUGUGCAUUUGAUUCCAGACUGCCAGACUCUUAAAGACUUUAUUCUUCUUUCCAACACGACUAUGUUUGACAAAUCAGUUUGUUGUUGCCUGGGCUGACAAUGUGAAUUGUUAAGUAAUGAAACUUUACAAUCCAUGUCAAAUUCUUAAUUAAAUUAAGAGAAACGUGAAGAAACUUGUGACAUGCCACUGGAUUCUCAAAUCUUGAGGGGCAAAGUGCAGAUUUAUUUAAAUGUUCACCUUUUCUUCUACCUUCACAUUUUGCAGUUCAUGAUCAUAAAAGGGGAAUACUUUCCACAUGGUAGCUCAGAUACAGCAUGCAGGAAUGAGUACUGUGUAAAGAUCUCAUUUCAUAAUAAUGUUACUCCUAAUCUUAAAUGUUGGUGAUCGCCACCACAAUCCAGGGCUGAUGCAGUCUUCUCGUUUUGCAUCAUCACAGAUGGAAGUUUGUCCUGAAUGCAGGUUUAAAGGAGCAGUCAGAAUUAAACUGGUUUAAAGA